AUGGCGCCCCCAAAGUCUGCAAGCGUGCGCUACAGAGGACGGACUGGCGCGCUCGUACCCUUUAGAGACGACCAGCUAGUCGCCCUUCGAUACGAUCAGACCAAACAGGCCGAACCUCCUAUUAUACUUGCGCCGAGUCCGCCCUCUCCUCCACCACGAUCGCCGCUGCGAUACCGUUCACAGUCAGGCACGCACCCUGCUUCCAGUAUUUUUUCUCGUAAUCCAGGCGCACUUCUCAAUUCUCCUCCUCCUGUUCGUCCCCCUCGGCCAACGGAGACGCAUCCUGCUCUGAGAACCAUCACCACCCCGGGUGCAAACGAAUUCUACGGCCACGACGACGACACCAACAACUCAAAACGGAAUUCGGGGCACGCGCCAACUUCAACAUCACCGCAGUGCUUCACCUUCUACCAAGAGAGCGACGAGGACGACGACGACCCUUUUCCGUACGAAAACCUUAACAAGGUGCCUCGAGUGAGAGUGACUCCAGAGCUCCAUGUGAACGUCCACGAUAUUCCUCGAGCGCUGUGCAUUAGGAACCGGGCCAGUUUUGCCUCGACGAGCUCGGAAAAUGAGCAUACCCAGCCGCCACAUGCAGUCGAUGAUCUGAGUGGAACCAACUGCAGCAUUCCUCUGUCCUCGCCAGAUUUAUCGGAGAGUAACAGCAAUAGUAACACGGUCUCACCGACAUCGCCCACGACGCCAAUCUCAAAUUUUGCGGAGAAACCUGCAUCCAUCUUUUCGCGAUCCUUCAGUUUCCGGUCUUCCAUUUACAGCAAGUCCUCAUCAAUGAAGUCGUCACGAGGUAAACUCCAGAAAAAGGUCCAUGCUCCUCCACACGAGCAGCGCUCGGUGGAUCCAGCUCCGUCCACGGCCACACCCCCUGCAACCCCACCUCCCGAAAAUGGAAUGCCAAUGACAAUCCACUACCCAUGUGGACGGGAAACCCCGUUGUUGGUUAACGACAUCCCGAGCCCCUUGGAGUCGCCAAAUCUUCACGGCGGCAGUCCUGCGCCUGCUGGCGAUGGUGAAUUCGCCGACUUCAUCACCCAGAUGUCAUUUAGCAAUCGGGGGAGUAUUAUGCUUGGUGGCAAGCGACCGACCAAGGAUAAGAAACCCAUCACUAUGACCAACAGCGACAGCGCUACCGGCCAUGGUCCUCCUGCCCGGCAGCUCCCAAUUCGCGCAUUUCCACUUGCGCCGUCCUUGAUGUCGAAAUCGCAGGUCGAUGGAGCUGUAGCUUCGAGCGCGAACGCCCAGGAACCCUAUCGAAACGCUAAAAAUCAUGUCAUCGCCGAGGAAGACGAAACGGCACCAGCUUGUAGCUCAGUGCUCCCAGCGUCUCCACCGGUGGCGGCCGCAUCGUCGACGCCGGUGCCACCUCCGCCGGUAGAGGUUACCGCAUCCACUUCGGCGUCGCCAUUCGCCGUCGACGAAGAGCCAUCCACGCCCAAAUCGCCCCAACCACCCAGCAUUCGUGUCAUAUCGGUAGAUAUAGAAAGGGAAUCUCAAAAGGUGAGAUCGCUUUAUGAAUCCGGAGAAGGUCUGCGGUGGGAGGACGGGGGGCGACUUGAGCCCACAGUAGAGGUCCCGUCCGAGGAUGAUGAUGAUGAUGAUGAUGAGGUGCAGACGAACGACGCGUCACCGAACAAUCCCACCAGUCCGACGACAAGUCAAAGUCGAAGUCCAAACGAUCAAUCUGGAAGCCGUAUUCGAGCAGCUGGGAUCCCGGCGUCCGUGGCAUGUACUGCGUCGCGACACGAUGAUUCCAUACGCCACGCAUACGAGUUGGCUGGAGGAAUAGAGGACUGGGAGGACGUCAAUGGUGAAGAUGUCGAUCGUUACGGUUUCAUUCAUAUCAGACGACCAGAAACGCCGCCUCGCAUGCCUAUUGAGUCCGACAAUGCCUCGGUGCAGUACUCGCCGCGGAAGCAGCGCAACGUGCUGGUACGGAAAGAAAUUGCGUACGCUGGAUAUCUAGGUGCUAGACGCGGACCUAGUAGGAAGGUGUCCGCGCGCUCCCUAAAUACACAAGCGUCCGAGAUGUCGUCGAUGUCUCGGUAUUCUAAUCGUUCUGCCGCACGCCAAGCGGCCAACCUACUGCCCCAUAAUAGGGAUCGGAAGUUUACCGACGAGGCUGGAGAAAUGCUUGCCUUGCAACCCGGCCUAAGCAUCGGCGAAGAUGAGUCUGCGGGGAAGCUUGCUGAGGAGCACAAACGGAAGGAGUGGGAACGCGCAGAGAAAUGGCGGAAGAUGGCCAAAGUCGUCAAGCCAGGCAAGGAUGGCGAGGGCAUGGUCUUCGAGUUUGACACCAAAAACCCGAAACUCAUUGAACGCACAUGGAAGGGUAUUCCGGACAUGUGGCGCGCCGCGGCCUGGCAUUCAUUCCUGUCCACAAGCGCCCGCGAUAGCAAAAGGCCCCUCGAAACUGAUGACGAGCUCGUAGUACAUUAUCAGACACUACAGGAACAGCCUUCUCCAGAUGAUGUCCAGAUCGACCUCGACGUACCGAGAACAAUCAACCAACACAUCAUGUUCCGAAGAAGAUACCGCGGUGGACAACGACUCCUUUUUCGUGUGUUGCACGCAUUGUCUCUCUACUUCCCUGAGACAGGUUACGUCCAAGGCAUGGCAUCUCUAGCCGCGACGCUGCUCAACUACUACGACGAGGAGAGGUGCUUCGUCAUGCUGGUGCGCCUAUGGCAGCUGCGUGGUCUCAAUCGCCUCUACCAACCUGGAUUUGAGGAGCUGAUGGGCGCAUUGAAGGACUUCGAAAAGUAUUGGCUGGCAGACAAGGACGUAGCGCAGAAGCUUCAAGAGCUCUCUAUCGAUCCGACCGCGUACGGAACUAGAUGGUACCUGACGCUUUUCAACCUGUCGAUACCCUUCCCAGCACAACUCCGAGUUUGGGAUGUUUUUAUGCUGCUCGGUCAAUCGCCCCCAGAUCCUCCCGCUCCUUCAAUGUUGUCGGGUAAGGCGGGCAAGGGUGCGCCCGAACCAGUUUCGUCCCAAGGUCUGGAGAUUCUGCAUGCCACAAGUACAGCAAUCAUACACGCUCUGCACGACCAACUCAUCGACUCCGACUUUGAGAACGCCAUGAAGGCAUUGACCUCUUGGGUUCCGAUUAAGAAUGAGGAAUUGCUCAUGAAGGUGGUCCGGGUCGAGUACAAACAGCACAUGAAGUCAAAGAAGACUUAG